CGCGAGUCGCAGCCGCCGGCGGCAUGAGGCGCGACCCGGCCCCCGGCUUCUCCAUGCUGCUCUUCGGUGUGUCGCUCGCCUGCUACUCGCCCAGCCUCAAGUCUGUGCAGGACCAGGCAUACAAGGCACCCGUAGUGGUGGAGGGCAAGGUACAGGGACUGGCUCCGGCUGGCGGCUCCAGCUCAAACAGCACCCGCGAGCCGCCCGCCACGGGUCGGGUAGCGCUCGUGAAGGUGCUGGACAAGUGGCCGCUCCGGAGUGGGGGGCUGCAGCGCGAGCAGGUGAUCAGCGUGGGCUCCUGUGCGCCUCUCGAAAGGAACCAGCGCUACAUCUUUUUCCUGGAGCCCACGGAGCAGCCCUUAGUCUUUAAGACGGCCUUUGCCCCCCUUGACACCAACAGCAAAAACCUCAAGAAAGAGGUGGGCAAGAUCCUGUGCACUGACUGCGCCACCCGGCCCAAGCUGAAGAAGAUGAAGAGCCAAACAGCACAGGUGGGUGAGAAGCAGUCGCUGAAGUGUGAGGCAGCAGCCGGGAACCCCCAGCCCUCCUACCGCUGGUUCAAGGAUGGCAAGGAGCUCAACCGCAGCCGAGACAUCCGCAUCAAAUAUGGCAAUGGCAGAAAGAACUCACGACUACAGUUCAACAAGGUGAAGGUUGAGGACGCUGGGGAGUAUGUUUGCGAGGCUGAGAACAUCCUGGGGAAGGACACCGUCCGGGGCCGGCUCUACGUCAACAGCGUGAGCACCACCCUGUCAUCCUGGUCGGGGCAUGCCCGGAAGUGCAACGAGACAGCCAAGUCCUAUUGUGUCAAUGGAGGCGUCUGCUACUACAUCGAGGGCAUCAACCAGCUUUCCUGCAAGUGUCCUGUGGGAUACACCGGGGACAGGUGUCAGCAGUUCGCAAUGGUCAACUUCUCCAAGCACCUUGGAUUUGAAUUAAAGGAAGCCGAGGAGCUAUACCAGAAGAGGGUCCUGACCAUCACUGGCAUCUGUGUGGCUCUGCUGGUUGUGGGCAUCGUCUGUGUAGUCGCCUACUGCAAGACCAAAAAACAGCGGAAGCAGAUGCACAACCACCUGCGACAGAACAUGUGCCCAGCCCACCAGAACCGGAGCCUGGCCAAUGGGCCCAGCCACCCCCGGCUAGACCCGGAAGAAAUCCAGAUGGCAGAUUACAUCUCCAAGAAUGUGCCAGCCACAGACCAUGUCAUCCGGAGGGAAACUGAGACCACUUUCUCUGGGAGCCACUCCUGUUCUCCUUCUCACCACUGCUCCACAGCCACGCCCACCUCCAGCCGCAGACAUGAGAGCCACACGUGGAGCCUGGAACGUUCUGAGAGCUUGACCUCCGACUCCCAGUCUGGCAUCAUGCUGUCAUCAGUGGGCACCAGCAAGUGCAACAGCCCAGCAUGUGUGGAGGCUCGGGCGCGGCGAGCAGCAGCAUAUAGCCUGGAGGAGCGGCGCAGGGCUGCUGUGCCACCCUACCACGACUCCGUAGAUUCCCUGCGUGACUCUCCACACAGUGAGAGGUACGUGUCGGCCCUGACCACGCCCGCGCGCCUCUCGCCCGUGGACUUCCACUACUCUUUGGCUACGCAGGUGCCGACUUUUGAGAUCACUUCUCCCAACUCUGCACACGCUGUGUCGCUGCCGCCGGCCGCGCCCAUCAUUUCCCGCCUGGCGGAGCAGCAGCCACUGCUGCGGCAGCCGGCGCCUCCAGGCCCCGGGCCAGGGCCCGGGCCAGGCGCGGACAUGCAGCGCAGCUACGACAGCUACUACUACCCGGCGGCUGGGCAGGGACCGCGGCGUGGGGCCUGCGCGCUGGGCGGCAGCCUGGGCAGCCUGCCUGCGAGCCCCUUCCGCAUCCCAGAAGACGACGAGUACGAGACCACGCAGGAGGCCGCCCCCCCGCCACCGCCGCGGCCACGAGCGCGCGGCGCGUCCCGCAGGACGUCCGCGGGGCCCCGGCGCUGGCGCCGCUCGCGCCUCAACGGGCUGGCUGCGCAGCGCGCACGCGCGGCGCGGGACUCGCUGUCUCUGAGCAGCGGCUCGGGGGGCGGCUCGGCUUCGGCCUCGGACGACGACGCGGACGACGCGGACGGGGCACUGGCGGCCGAAAGCACGCCUUUCCUUGGCCUGCGCGCGGCGCACGACGCUCUGCGCUCGGACUCGCCGCCGCUGUGCCCGGCGGCCGACAGCAGGACUUACUACUCCCUGGACAGCCACAGCACGCGGGCCAGCAGCAGACACAGCCGCGGGCCGCCCCCGCGGGCCAAGCAGGACUCGGCGCCCCUUUAGGGCCCCGCCGCCCCCUCCGCCUCGCCCGCCCCCACUGUCUUUAAGGAGAACAGAGACCACCGACUGGAGAAAGGAGGGAAAAAAAAGAAAUAAAAAUAUUUUUAUUUUCUAUAAAAGGAAAAAAGUAUAACAAAAAUGUUUUAUUUUCAUUUUAGCAAAAAUUGUCUUAUAAUACUAGCUAACGGCAAAGACGUUUUUAUAGGGAAACUAUUUAUAUGUAACAUCCUGAUUUACAGCUUCGGAAAAAAAAAAGAAACAACAAAAAAAAAGAGAGAUGGGCCAAUUUUUUGACUCUUUAAUAGAAACCUAUAUUGUGGUGCCUUUUGCUGUACGCUAAUCUGGGGCUCCUGGAGAGACGUCUGGGUUGCGGGGUGGUGGUGGGCCAUAGGAUCCAGAGCUGGUUGAGGUGAGCGAAAGCAGGGAGAGAGACUGUGAGGGUUUUAUGGGGUGAAGGUGGUGGGUGCUGAAGAAGAAACUGAGGACAGAAGAAGUUUUGUACCCAGACCAUAUUUGGAGUCCUGGGCCCCCUGGGAGUAGAGGGCAGGGAUCCUAGGUUCAAGUGCUAGAAUUGGGAUCAGGUAACUUACAGGGGAAGACAGAAGCCCAGCGACAGCAACCAGAAUGGGGAGGGGCUCUCCCCACUCCUCACAGCUGCUAAGGGAGGGGGGCCAGAAAGAGGUCUCCCCAGCAGCCCCAGGCCCAGGGAGGGGGCAGCUGUGCCAGGGGCCCAAUAUUCAUGGCUCCUCCUCCCCUGCGGUCUCCAGGAUGCCCUCUGUCCUCUGCAGCACCUUCGUUUACAGGUCGUCUUUUCUAUUUUAUGCCUGCAUGUCCUUUGCAUUUCAGAUUCUUUAGAUUGGAUGCAUGGUCACGCUGGGACUGAGAAGAGCCACUCGACAGUGUAUUCAGUUCCCCUUUUAGCAAUAAAGUAACCAUUUCCUUCUCACAACCUGGCCCCAGUCCCCAUACCCACCUAUGACUUCCACUUUCUCUUCAGUCCUACCCUCCCCAACCCUCAAAACUGGAUCCAAGCUAAUUUGUCAAAAAAAGAAAUUGUUUUAAAAAAAAUCCCAAACAGAAACAAAUGGGAACCCUGCCCUGAAAUGUCCGAACACCUGACUGUUGACACUUGAACAUUUUUAUAUUAUAAAUAAAAUCAGAAAUAACUCCUG